AUGGAAGAGGAUCCCGAAGAAGAUCCGACAGAGCUAGAUGAACCAAUGGAAGAGGAUCCGGAAGAAGAUCCAGAGUGGAAAUCAGAGCGUAAUCUUGUAAUGGAGGUAGACCCGGAGAAAUCACCCGAGUACACUCCAGCAGGAUAUUCAGAGGAUGAACCAGAGGUACAGUCCGAGGGCAGGCCUAUAAUACAUGGUAUAGAGGAGGGACCUGAGUAUGACCCAGAGGCAGGUUGGGAGAUAGAGACAGACCCAGAGGAAGAACCUGAGCAUGACCCAGGGCCUCCAGCAUAUGAUGGGGAUGACAAUGACGGCCCGACAUGGCCCUAG